AUGACCAAGUACUCCCCCUUCUUCAUGCUCGUGCUCUUCCUGUCUGGAGGCUGUUACCAGUGUUCAGCCUCCGCAGCUGGACCAUCGAGUGAGCUGACAAAUACGAACGUGGACCAAGCCACUCCGUCGGAAAUGGGCGGCCAUAUGAUCCGUCAAGGGAGUGUCACCAGCUUCGACGCAGCGAACGAUGACAGGGCACUCCACGAGCACUGGACGGCGAUCAUAGAAGGCUUUAAGCGUCUUGCGUCUUCAGUCGCGAAUUGGGGCCCUGUCAAACAGGUCAUCGACGCAGGAAGAGGGUCGAAGCUCAUCCGACAGCUGGUCAAGUGGUUCUCUGCCGAAAAAUUGAACAUCGAGAGCAUUGUCGUACCACCCGCAGCCGAGACGAACAUCAAGAAUAUUGCCAAACCGCUCGUGGCAGAAACGAAGACCGAGAAUACCGCUGGACUGCCCGUGGCCAAGACGAACGUCGAGAAUAUUGUCAAACAGCCUGCGCCAGAGACAACGAUCGUGAGCCUGGAGGACGCCGAUUACAAGUCAAAAGUCGAUGAAGCUAUCGGACUGCUCCAGAACAACGAGAAAAACGCUUUGAGUUAUGUCGAGCGUCAGAUUGAUCCGAUGCAUUUACGUGCUGCCUGGAAAGCCCUCCUGAUCGAAGCAGACAUGUCGGAUGAAGAAUCGGCCAGGGUGAAAAACCUGAUUGAGAAGGCAGUGGCAGAAUACAAAAACAUCUACACAAAGGAAAAUAGCCUGGCGAUUCCUUCGUAUUGGAUCGAAUUCUAG